CGGAAGCGGCGCGCAGCACGUGGGGGCGGUGCCGGUCAGAGGGCUUUGAGUCGUCUUGGUUUGUGGGAGGUGAGGCUGCCAGCGGCUACAGCCCAGGGCCAGGGGCAGAGCGCGGGGAACUGGAGAGACGCUGCGGAGCUCGGAGACCGGCUGAGCGUUAUGGAGGGCUCUGAGGAGCAACCGGGCCCACGGCCACCGCAUCCCGGGGACCACCGCAUCCGCGACGGCGACUUCGUGGUGCUGAAACGGGAAGACGUGUUUAAAGCAGUGCAAGUCCAGCGGAGAAAAAAAGUAACUUUUGAAAAACAGUGGUUCUAUCUGGAUAACGUCAUUGGCCAUAGUUAUGGAACCACAUUUGAAGUGACCAGUGGAGGAAGUCUUCAGCCUAAGAAGAAGAAGGAAGAGCCUACUUCAGAGACCAAAGAAGCGGGCACUGAUAAUCGAAAUAUAAUUGAUGAUGGGAAAUCUCAGAAACUUACUCAAGAUGACAUAAAAGCUUUAAAGGACAAAGGCAUUAAAGGCGAGGAAAUAGUUCAGCAAUUAAUUGAAAAUAGUACAACAUUCCGAGACAAGACAGAAUUUGCUCAAGAUAAAUAUAUAAAAAAGAAGAAAAAGAAAUAUGAAGCCAUGAUUACUGUUGUGAAGCCAUCCACCCGCAUUCUUUCAGUUAUGUAUUAUGCAAGAGAACCUGGAAAAAUUAACCACAUGAGAUACGAUACGCUAGCCCAGAUGCUGACGUUGGGAAAUAUCCGUGCUGGCAAUAAAAUGAUUGUGAUGGAAACAUGUGCAGGCUUGGUGCUGGGUGCAAUGAUGGAACGAAUGGGAGGUUUUGGCUCCAUUAUUCAGCUGUACCCUGGAGGUGGACCUGUUCGGGCAGCAACAGCAUGUUUUGGAUUUCCAAAAUCUUUCCUCAGUGGUCUUUAUGAAUUCCCCCUCAACCAAGUGGACAGUCUUUUAAAUGGAACAUUUUCUGCUGAGAUGUUAUCUUCAGAGCCAAAAGACAGUGCUUCGGUUGAAGAAAGUAAUGGCACACUGGAGGAAAAACAGACUUCAGAACAAGAGAACGAAGACAGCAUGCCAGAAGCCCCAGAGAGCAAUCACCCAGAAGAACAAGAAACAAUGGAAAUUGUCUCUCAAGAUCCAGACUAUAAGGAGCCUAAAGAGAGAGGAAGCAAAAAGGAUUAUAUUCAGGAAAAGCAGAGGAGACAAGAAGAGCAGAAGAAAAGACAUUUAGAGGCUGCUGCUCUGCUGAGUGAAAGAAACGCAGACGGUUUAAUUGUAGCUAGUCGUUUCCAUCCCACUCCACUGCUGCUGUCUUUGCUGGACUUUGUGGCUCCUUCAAGGCCAUUCGUGGUGUACUGUCAAUAUAAAGAGCCUCUGUUGGAAUGCUACACAAAACUGCGGGAAAGAGGAGGGGUCAUCAAUCUCAGGCUGUCUGAAACCUGGCUCAGAAAUUACCAGGUUUUGCCAGAUCGAAGUCAUCCCAAACUACUGAUGAGCGGAGGUGGGGGGUACCUUCUCUCAGGCUUCACUGUUGCCAUGGACAACCUUAAAGCAGACCCCAGUCUCAAAUCUAGCACCAGCACUUUAGAAUCACACAAGACUGAAGAGCCAGCAGCUAAAAAACGGAAGUGCCCAGAGUCUGACUCAACCUUUCAAAAAUUGCUUUGAUUUUUGUUCUCAGACAUUAUGCAGUUAGUAAGUAAACUUUAAAUGCCAUUACUAAUUGUGUUUUCAUAUCCUAAGAAUGAGAACAUGUCUAUACCCCUGUUCGUGGGAAGGACAAGUAAGCCUUUUGUCCACCUCUGACACAGAUUGGUUCUGUCUGUCAAAACCUCGAGCCAGAAUACCCAAGCCUGGGGUAAGCAGUAAACUGGUAUAUGGCCAGUUGUGUUUAUUUCACAAAAAUCCUCUAAGUACUUUUAGUGCUCUGCGCAAAUAUCUUUAGAAUUUAGAGAUCAAAGAAAUAUAUUUAUACAAAACUUUGUUUAUAUGUUAAGCCAAGUGGAAUAACACACCAUCAGUGAAACUUGGGUACUGAAACGAAGGAAUUUGUGGAAGAAAUUUCCUCUGUUCAUUAUGUUCUCUUCAACCUAAGCAAUAUGAAUGUGUGUGAGACUUACAGUACCAAAAAUGUCCACCCUUUUCCCUCCAGUGGAAUAAACUUUUAAUAAUUUUAUAUUUUAUUAUCUUAAUAGUUGAUGACCUAGAAAAGAUCUGAGUAUUUAUUUUACUGCUGUUUUUGUCAGUAGAAAGGUGUUGUAGGGUACUUUUUUGAAUUAAUUUGCCAAUCCUCUCAUUCUUUGUUCCAAAUAAAGUGACUAGAAUUUUUGUGUACUAUUAAAUGAAACAGAAAUGGUUUUUUCCCUCCCCAGAGACUUACGGAGAUAGAUAGAUACAUGUAUAUGGAUAUUGGUAUAUGCGCAUACAUACAUAUAUUUAUAUGUGCACACACAUCCACAUGGAGACAGAACACACUGUCCAUAUGAACUUUAACAAAGUUUAGUGCAGGGCUUAGACCAGUCCUCAUUGCAUUAGUGUCACUCCUUGUCAAAUGUAUUUUAAAGUGCCUUUUUUCGGUGAUUAUUAAUGCUGGUUUGUUGAGCUCUGGCAUGACUAGGUGGUUAGCCUUUCUAAGCUCUGAAAAAGUGUAAUUAAAUUAUUUGGUCGUCUGCAGCCAAGAAAAGUGUUUAGAGGAAGCCACAGCUCUUGCCCAUUGAGAGUCUGAGUCUUGCUCACUAAACAUGCUCAUUGUGUGUAUUGUUCAUGUCGUUAUAGAAUAGAUGCAAUCAUCUAGCAAGGGGCAUCUCAGAAAAAAAAAAUUGCUUUUUCCUAAUAGCAUGUACUAUUCUAAAAAUGGCCUUACCAACAACUACAGUUCUGAUUCCUUUUUCUUAAAACAAUUGCUUUUAAAGAAUAAAAGCAUUUCCUACUGUGAUCCAUCUGACUUACAUGAAUGAUGCUGUCAGUGAUGCCGCAUUCAUUGGCUUUCAGCUGAUUGUGACACAUGGUCUUUGUAAGAAAACAUGCCUGGAUUGGCAUGUCACUGAACAUGUGCUUGCAAACAGUUGUCACUCACAUGCAACCAGUCAAGUUUGGUCGAAGAGAACACAAUAUAUGCACAGACUAGAUUCAGUAGUGGCUGGUCUCCACUGGUCACUGUUGUUAGAACCAUCUCCUACUUGAAACUCAACCAGUUUUCAAGUCCCAUCUCAUUCCAUUCAGUGUGGGGGUCUGCACUGCCAAGGACCUGUGCGCCCAUAUAGCUGCCCCUGGAGUUGACUUGUGGACUUUUGCACCAGGUUAACUUAAAGUUAACCUUUACUUGUUAAUGUUUUCUCAUUCAUGUAAUUUACUUCAUCUUUGAGUACUGAUGAUUUAAUUCAGUGGUUUGAAAAUUUAGUGUGCACCAGAAUCCCCUGGGGGGCUUAUUAAAACACUGAUUGCUGGGCUGCACCGAGUUUCUAAGUAUUAAGUCUGCAAUGGGGUGGGAAAUUUGCAUUUCUAAGUUUCCAGGUGACACUAGUGCUGCUGGGUCGGAACCCACUCCUUGAGAAACACUUCUGUGUAUACACACAUAUCAAGAGUGUCUUGUUUAUAAAGUGGACAUCCACCUUUGGAGCACAUGAGUGGGUAAUUCUAUGACUACUAGACAUCCAGUCACCAGGAGAGCUAUGUGAAAUAGCACUUUAAUGAGUGGCCAUCAAAAAGUAAAGACAAAAUCAUUAUGUAAUGUCCAUCUUACUUCUCCAUUGGAUUAGGAUACUUGGAAAUAUACAGUGGUGCCAGUUAGAAGAUUUUUUAGCAUAAAGGUACAUUAAAAUUGUAUGACGUUUUAUUGAGUUGUAAUUGACAUAAUAACAUUGUGUAAAUUUAAGGUGUUCAGUGUUGAUUUGAUGCAGUUUUGUAUUGCAGAAUUAGCUAACACCUCCACCUGUGACAUACCAUUUGGGUUGGGGGCGAGAACAUUAAAAAUGUACUCUCUUAGCAACUUUCCAGUAUAUAAUUAUGGUUAAUUAUAAUCACUAUGCUCUACAUUAAAUCGCCAGAAUGUAUACAUUCUUAAAUCGCCAGAAUGUAUUCAUCUUAUAACUGAAAGUUUGUGCCUUGUGACCAGUAUCUCCCCAUUUCCCCCACCGCCCAGCCCCUGGCAGUCACCAUUUUACUUUGUUUCUAUGAAUUUGAUUUUUUUAGAUUCCACAUAUAAGUGACAUCAUACAGUAUUUGGCUUAUUUCACUUAGCAUCAUGCCCUCAGUCUAUCCAUGUUGUCACAAGUGUCAGGAUUUCCCUCUUUCUUGUGGCUGAAUAAUAUUCCAUUGUAUAUAUAUACCACAUCUUUAUCCAUUCAUCUGUUGGUGGACACUUAGGUUGUUUCCAUAUCUUGUCUAUUGUGAAUAAUGCUGCAAUGAGCGUGGGAGUGCAAAUAUCUCUUCAAGAUACUGAUUUCAUUUUCUUUGGAUAUAUAUUCACAUACAAAAAGUCUACGCUUUUACACUCCUCCUACAUUUUGUAUUUUUGAUGUUUUGUCUUUUUCAUGUUGUGUGUCCAUUAAUAAAUUAUUGUAGUUAUAUUUUAAUACUUUUGUCUUUAUAAGUGACUUACCCACCACUAUUACAAUAUUAGCAUAUUCUGAAUUUAACUCUAUAUUUUACCUUUGUAAGUGAAUUUUAUACUUUCAUAUGUUCUCAUGUUACUAAAUAGCUUAUUAGUAGCUUUCAUUUCAGCUUGAAAAACUCCCUUUAGCAUUUCUUGUAGGGCUGAUCUAGUGGUGAUAAACUUCAGCUUUUGUUUGUUUGGAAAAUUCUAUCCUUCAAUUCUGAAGGACAACUUUGCUGCAUAUAGUAUUCUUGGUUGGCAGUUUUUUCUUUCAGCACUUUGAAUAUAUCAUCCCACUUGUUUCUGGCCUGUAAAGUUUCUGCUGAAAAAUCUACUUGUAGUCUUAUGGGGGUUCUCUUGUACGUAACAAGUUGCUUUUCUCUUGUUGCUUUUAAGUCUCUCUCCUUGCCUUUAACUUUUGACAAUUUAAUCGUAAUGUGUGUCAGUAUAGGUUCAUCUAAUUUGGUACUCUUUGAGUUUCCUUUAUCUGGAUGUCUGUUUUUUUUUUCCUCCAAGUUAGGGAACUUUUCAGCCAUUAUUUCUUUGAAUAAGCUUUCUGCUCCUUUCUCUCUCUCUUCUCCUGGAACCUCUAUAAUGUGUAUGUUGGUCCACUUGAUGGUAUCUCAGGUCUCCUAAGAUAUGUUCACUCUUUUUCAUUCUUAUUUUCUUUUUGUUGCUCUGACUGGAUGAAUUCCACUGGACUGUCUUUGAGUUCAUUGCUCCUUUCUUCUGUUUGCCUCUGUUGAAUUUUUCAGUUUAGUUAUUGUAUUAUUCAAUAUUCAAUUAUUCUGUUUGGUAGUUAUAUUUUCUGUCUGUUUUGAAGUUCUCACUUUAUUUAUGAAUUGCUCUCCUUACCUUGGUGGGCAUCUUUAUGACCAUUAUUUUGAACUCUAUCAGGUAAAAUCACUUAUCUCUUUCAUGAAGAUCUGUUUCUGGAUAUUUUGCGUGUUCUUUUGUUUAGAACAUAUUCCUCUGUUUAUUUUCUUUCACUCUCAGUCUUGGUGCCUGCACAUUAGAUACAAUAGCCACCUCUCACAGUCUUGACAGAAUGAUCUCAUAUAGGAGAUAAACCUCAUCAAUUAGCCCAGUCUGAGCUCUUGGUUGUCUCUCAAGACUUUCUCAUCUCCAAGCUACUUGAAGAGUAACUGAUAAGCUGUUAAGUACACCUGACUUUGUUCUUAGUGGCUCCCAAUAAUUGAGGGUGUGCCAUGACCCAUCAAUAUCCCAAAGGGUAGAAUUGCUGUCAGCACCUAGAUGCAGGCUGAUUAGAAGUGGAUCCUCAGGCAGCAGCUGGGAAAGUAUGUAGUUAAGCCCUUUCCAGGGAGAAACUGGGAGGUGAGCAUUUUUUGCCUGCUCCCUCUACACUGAACCCAGAUGUAUAGCUGCAGGGGGUGCUCCUGCACCCAUAUAAAAACUUCUUUGCUAAAGUCCUGUGGGACUCGUGAAUGCAGUUCUCAUUGGCUAUUAGAUUUGGGGUUCUGUUCCUUGGGUGGCAGCUGGGAUGCCAGACAUGCAUACAAGCUCCUUCCAGAGAGGUUGGCAAUCGGAUAAUGUUGGGGCAAACCAGAGGUGGAAAGUAGGGAAAGUGCUCAUAGACUCCGGUGGCCCUGGAUCACAGCCAGUCCCUAAAUGUGUGCUAAAUUGAAGCCUAGCACUCAAGCAGCAGCUUAUAAAGUGUGUAGUCACACCCUCAGGGAAAGGCUGGGAGAUGGGUAUUGUUCUCUGCUACUUCUGCACUGAGCCCUGGGGGGUGGCACAGCAGCAAGUGUUUGGUUGCCAUUAAGAACUGCUACUUUGUUUGCUCCAGUCCUGUGGGUCUCAUGGACCUAAAUGGCCUUGGCUUUCAGAGCUAGGUCUUUAGGAGGCCCGUUGGUUCCUUGAGUGGGACUCUUAAAUGUUGGGGUGCUAUGUUGCGGUCCAAACCCUGUGGCCCUCAGGGAGAGGCUGGGAGUUGGGGUUGGCAUUUCCCUCUCAACUGUACAGUACUGUGGCAAGGAUGAAGUUGAGAACAUUCAUUGUAUCCGAAUGAGGGAUGAGGGAGUUCAGGACCCUUCUAUGUUGCCAUCUUGGUCCCCUCUCAUAUGAAGCAGAUUUUUUUGUUUUUUGUUUUUUGUUUUUUUGGCCGCGCUGCGUGGCUUGCGGUAUCUUAAUUCACCGACCAGGGAUCAAACCCAGGCCCCCUGCAGUGGAAGCUAGGAGCCCUAACCACUGGACCACCAGGGAAUUCCCUCAUAUGAACCAGAUCUUAAUGGGUAAUCAUUCAUUUAUUGGUUAUAUAUGGAAAAGCCAAAAAUAUAUUCUUUUUUAAUAUGUAUAAACUUUUGAAGAAAAAGGGCGUGUACAUUUUGUUUUAAAGCAUUUGUUGUUGGAGAUUGUCAUGCUGAGUGAAAUAAAUCAGACAGAGAAAGACAAAUAUCAUAUGAUGUUGCUUGUAUGUGGAAUCUAAGAAAAUGGUACAGGUGAGCUUGUUUGCAGGACAAGAGAGAGAGUCACAGACGUAGGGGGCCAACUCAUGGUUGCCAGGGGGGAAAAUGGCAAGGGGGAGUGAAUUGGGAGAUUGGGACUGACAUGCACACUACUAUAUAUAAGGUGGAUGACUAAUAGGAACCUACUCUAUGGCACAGGGAACUCUACUCGGUGCUCUGUGGUGACCUAUAUGGGAAAAGAAUCUAAAAAAGAGUGGCUUAUAUGUAUAUGUGUGACUGGUUCACUUUGCUGUGCAGCAGAAACUGGCACAACAUUGUAAAUCAACUAUGCUACAAUAAAAAUUAAUUUAAAAAAAUAAAGCAUUGAUUGUAAAUAUUACAAUAGCAAUAGUAAAUACUAAGA